GUAAAAGAAAACCGGUUGCCCCUACAUGUCCGUCCGUGAGAGAGUAUCCCAGGUAGCCGGCAUUAUGGAACCAGGCUGGAAAUCUCCAAACGAAUUGCCUUGGGAUCCAGACAAUACCAAAUUCCCUACCCGCAAAAAUCUGCCCGAUAUCCCCGGAGCUCCCAAGGGUGCUGCCUGGGUUUGGGGUAAAGAUGAUAGCAUUGGGAGAUUGAAUCUGCUCACUCCGGCUCGUGUCAAGGCCGCUGCUACUGAGAUCAAAACUGGACAACUUGUUCCUCUAGAUUUGCCCUUCAAUGUUCCAGAGACUCCAGGCUUUGCCCGAGAGAAGUUCGUGCAUACUAUCAAGACGAUUGUUGAAGGAAUCGCCUACGAUGAUAUAUAUGAAUUUAAUACCCAGUGUGGAACGCAGUGGGAUGGAUUUCGACACUUUGCUCAUCUGGCCUCUGCCAAAUUUUAUAACGGCAUAAAAGGGGAAGACAUAGUAGGCCCAAAUGCCAACAAUAAAUGCAGUAUUCAUCACUGGGCCGAGCACGGCAUUGCUGGUCGAGGAGUCCUACUCGAUUAUAGAUCCUAUGCAAAAGCCAACGGGAUUGACUACGACCCUUAUAGCGCACAUGCCAUUACAUACGAAGACUUAGUCAAGUGUGGGAGAGCCCAAGGCAUCGAUAUCCGACCAGAAGCCCAAGGCGGAGAUAUAAAAGUUGGCGAUAUCCUACUGAUCCGAUCAGGAUGGGUUGAAAGCUACCACGAACGCAGCCCGGAGGAGCGCAAGGAUCUUGCUCUCAGGCCACACUCAGCCGGACCUGACGAUGGACAAAAGUAUGCUGGUGUUGCACAAGAAGAUGAUAUGCUCGACUGGCUGCAUGAUUGUUACUUUGCGGCUGUUGCUGGAGAUGCACCGGCCUUUGAGCGCUGGCCAACCCCCGUAUCGUACUAUCUGCAUGAAUACAUCCUUGCCCUGUGGGGGAUGCCACUUGGUGAGAUGUGGGAUCUCGAGAGGCUUGCGAAGAAAUGCCGUGAGACAGGCCGUUGGUUUUUCUUCUUGACAAGUGCGCCGUUCAACGUCCUAGGUGAGUUACACGCAAAAUUUUAUGUACUUCUUUUUACCUCUAGAAUAAUUCCUCCAGGCUAA